CUGCCAUUGCUCUUGUCCUUUGCAUACUACAGAACGACCAUUAAAACGUUAAAAACCGAGAUCUUCGAUACAAUUUCUAAAUUACUUGACCUAAUACACCUCCUUUCCUUUUUUCCCCGUUGAAUUUCGAUUUGUUUUGAUUGAUUGUUUAUUAUAUUCUUUACAAUUUCGAAUUUUUUUUUAUAAUCUCUAUUUGGCUUUAAUUCUUGUUGGUUUCGUUUUAAUAUAGUCUUUUUGGCAGAGUUGAUUGUCGAUUACUUGACGAAAUGGUAGCAGAUACAAAAUUGUACGAUGUUUUAAAAGUUAGUCCGGAUGUCAAUGACUCAGAUCUGAAGAAGGCAUACCGGAAGCUUGCCUUGAAGUACCAUCCGGACAAAAACCCAAACGGUGAACAGCAGUUCAAAGAAAUUUCCCUGGCGUAUGAAAUUUUGAGCGAUCCUCAACGCAGAAAGAUGUACGAUCAAUUUGGUAUUACUGAAGGAAAUGCUCCACCUCCAGGAGCAGACGCUGGCGCUGGCCCUGGUGCUGGAUUUGGUGGCUUCCCAGGAGGAGGUGGUGGUGCUCGUACCUUCCACUUUAAUAUGGGUGGUCCUGGAGGCUCUCAAUUCUUCAAUGCCAGUGACCCUAAUGAUAUUUUUGAACGUGUCUUCGGAAGUGCCUUUGGUGGAGGCGGAAUGGAUGAGGACAUGGAUAUGGAUGGUGGAUUCGGCGGCGGCAUGCCUGGCGGAUUUUCAAGCAUGUUUGGCGGCGGCGGUCCUCGUCCCAGAUCCAGUGCUCGUCCUUCCUUUGGUGGUGCUAGACCUCGUGGUCCUCCUCCUCAAAACGAAGUUGUUACCCGUCCCCUUAACGUUUCACUCGAAGAUCUUUUCACUGGUUGUGCAAAGAAACUUAAAAUUACUAGGCGCAUUAUGGAUGCUUCCGGUUCUUCAGUAAAGGCAGAUCGAAUUUUGGAAGUUAACAUUAAGCCUGGUUGGAAACCAGGCACCAAGGUUAAGUUUACCGGUGAAGGAGAUGAAAAACCCGAUGGUUCUGUUCAGGAUAUCCAGUUUGUUCUAGGUGAGAAGCCACAUCCAGUUUUUACUCGCCAGGGUGAUGAUCUUCGGAUGUCUAUAGAACUAAGCCUGAAAGAAGCUUUGCUUGGAUUCUCUAAGCAAAUAAGUACUAUUGACGGUAAAAGACUAAAGGUUUCAUCCUCUCUUCCUACACAACCUGGUUACGAGAUUAAAUACCCAGGAUUUGGCAUGCCUUUACCAAAAACCCCUAGUCAACGUGGUAACAUGAUUAUCGAAUGCAAGGUAAAACUUCCUUCGAAUUUGUCUACCGAACAGAAGGCUGCCGCUGAAGCCUUUUAAGGAUGCUAAGCGCUUCUUCUUUCUCUAUUACUUAUUAUGUUGUUUUUCCUCCGUCUUCGUAAAUACGUUACCCAUUGUUUUACACUUUUGUUAGAUUAUUUUUUUGAUGAACCAAGUUCCCUGUGGGAUUUUGUUAUUAAAAAUUUACUCUCUUUCUCUCUCUUUCUCUGUCUCUGUCUCUCUCUCUCUCUCACAAUCUCCAAUACAUAAAGGCUGCGUCAUAUAGAAUGCAUCAGAUAUUCCAAUAUUAGCAGUCGCUUUUGUUUUUGUUUGACUUACUAAGUUUGCAAUCUUAUACUGCUCAAUGAAGACUCAAUUUUAUGAGCAUUGUCUAAUGAUAUAAUGAAAAAUUUAUUAAUGGGUUUCAUGGCUUCUAAGCGCAUGAUCAAAUAAUGAUUCCUAAGGUAAAAAAGCAAUAAUAACAUUUCACAUAAAUACUUUUUACUGUUCCGUUAUA